AUGCGUAAUCAGGACGUUGAAGUUGAUAAUCGUUGGGUGGUUCCGUAUUGUCCAUUAUUAUCGAAAAUAUUCAAUGCUCAUAUAAAUGUGGAAUAUUGUAAUUCAGUCAAAUCCAUUAAAUAUAUUUGCAAGUAUGUAAAUAAAGGAAGCGAUAUGGCUGUUUUCGGUGUUACUGGUGAUAAUAGAAAUGAUGAAAUUACUCAGUAUCAAAUGGGGCGCUAUAUAAGUAGUAAUGAAGCUGUCUGGAGGAUUAUGUCAUUUUCAAUGCACGAAAUACAUCCGGUAGUUGUUUACUUGGCUGUGCAUCUUGAGAAUGGCCAACGUAUUUAUUUUAAUGAAGCAAAUGUAUUGGAAAGAGCAGAACACCCACCAGCGACUACGUUGACCGCUUUUUUCAAAUUAUGCGAAACUGAUGCAUUUGCCAUAAAUUUGUUAUAUUCUGAUGUGCCCCAGUAUUACACAUGGAAUGUGUCUUCAAAAAAAUUUCAAAGACGUAAACAAGGAACGGCAGUCGAUGGUCAUCCAGGCAUUUUCCAAACAGAUGCUAUUGGGAGAAUAUAUUAUACAGUACAUCCAAAAAAUGCAGAGUGUUUUUAUUUGCGAUUGUUAUUAGUUAACGUCAAUGGCCCAAAAUCAUUUUAA